AUGGGGAGUUUCAAAAGGUACAAUGGAAAACAUGGGAAUUGUGUGUUGGAUAGUAACACUGUGACAGCUGGACAUAUUCACUUGACGUCCUCUGUAUUUAACAAUGUAAUUAGGAAUUGUGUUUCCAAAGACCCUUCGAUUAAGGUGUCUGUCGUUCGACAAAUGAUGAAAGAUCGAUUUGGGAUAGAGCUCACUUACAAGCUAGCAUGGUGUGCUAAACAACAAGCCCUAUUGUCCAUUUAUGGUACAUGGGAGAAUUCAUAUUCUCUUCCACGCUUUUUGAAAGCGUUGCAACAAUCAAACCCGGGCACAGUAGUUGAGUGGUUCUUUAAGGAAGACAAUGACGCGGGUGUGUAUAUACGUCCUAAUAUUAGAACCUUUCAAUGUCAUGUCGAUAAGGAUAUCUUUCCACUUGCAUUUGCCUUCGUUGAGAAGGAAUGCAUAGCUGCGUGGUCUUGGUUUAUGGCGUGUAUUCGUAUUGUCUCUGAUAGACAAUAA